AUGGAGAAAGCAAUGCAACCAUGUAAUAAAUCACCCAAAACUACUUCGCAAUCAGGCUCUGUUACUUCAUCGACUUCUACUUUAUCUAACAACCAUGGAAAAAAAUCAGUAAGGAAAAAGAAAGAUACAUCCAAUGUUCCUAUUCCUCAAUCACAAAGUAAUCCACUAAGUAACAUUACCAAUUCCAUUUUUGAAAAUCAAAGAUUGUCAAGGAUUAAUAGGAGACAGGUUAUCUUGAAAAAGAGACAUGCAAACAUUCAAGCUUCAGGAUCUUCGACAAUCUAUGAUCCAAGUGGUUUACAAUCUACACUAUCAUUGGAAGGUGUAGAAAGGAAUUAUACACCUGCAAAUGAUCAUGGCGUCCCUGAAUGUAGUACUGUUCAAUCUCAAUUAGAUAUUGGACCUGUAAUUCAGCCUAAUGGUAACGUAGUUGACUUUGGAUGGUACUACGAUGAUGGCGACCCUAUUUAUCAUUGUACACACUGCUCUGCCCGAGGCAAAAUAAAUCAUGAUAUAAACAAAGGUAAAGGACCACAGGUUUUUCAGCUACAUGGUGAAAACUACCAUCUUACUGGUAGUUUGAUGCCUAAUGCAAAUGAAAAACCCAAGUUCUUACAACUUUAUAUUCACGAUACAAUUAAUGAGAUUCGUAAUAGAGAACUUUCAUUAAGCAAGAAUGGUAAAAUUGACAACAAGCUACGGCCUGAGCUAAUUGAAGCUUUGAUGAAGAUGUUAAACCAUUGCAAUCCGUUGGUUAAAGCUUUUCGUUCUUACAAGGACAGGUACCAAAAUUCAGAUAUUGAGGAUACUGUCCGAAUGGUUCUAAUAGCCAAGAGAGACAAAGAUGCUAGAACACAUAACUUGCCAACUGCAACGGAAGUUGCUGCAUUAAUUCCUGGUGAUUUUGAAGAAGGGUUAGACAAUAGAGACAUUAUGUUAGAAGCAAAGGAUGGAAGUCUUCGAAGAAUCAAUGAAUUAUACGUUGGUUAUCUAGCUCUGCAAUAUCCUCUAUUAUUUCCUUACGCUGAAGAUGGCUAUCAAGUUGGUAUUGAAGAUGGUUUUUCACAUAAAGAGGACAGAAAACGGAAGACUAUCAGCAUGAGAGAAUAUUGUUCAUAUCGAAUUCAGGAUAGGUUGAUGGAAUCUCAGGCAAUAAUUCGGUCUAAACGACUAUACCAGAAAUUUUUGGUCAACGUAUUUACAAUGAUUGAAGCUAAUAGAUUACGAUACUUCAGGAACAACCAAGUCAAACUUAGGUCUGAGAAGUUUGUAAAUUUAGUUGAAGCGCAUAAUGAAGGCCAAAGUGAUCUAUCCAAUACUGGAAAACGUAUUUUGAUUCCUGCAUCAUUCACUGGUGGUUCUAGGUACAUGAAUAACAAUUACUUGGAUGCAAUGGCUAUUUGUAAAUACUUCGGAUUUCCCGAUUUAUUUAUCACUUUCACUUGCAAUCCAAACUGGCCAGAGAUUGUUAGGUAUUGUCAGAAACGAAAUCUCAAACCUGAAGACAGGCCUGAUAUGUGUUAUCGUAUAUUCAAGAUGAAGCUGGAAUCCCUAAUGACAGAUUUGACUGAAAAAAAGUUGUUUGGUGAAACUGUUUGUGGAAUCUAUACAAUUGAAUUUCAGAAGAGAGGACUUCCUCAUGCUCAUAUUUUGAUUUGGAUGGCAUCGAAAUACAAAUUUCCUACACCUGAAUCAAUAGAUAAAGUAAUAUCAGCUGAGAUUCCUAAUAAAGAAACUGAUCCUGAGUUAUAUGAAGUUGUGAAGCAGAACAUGAUACAUGGUCCAUGUGGUAAUAUAAAUAAGAGUUCUCCAUGCAUGGUAAAUGGACGGUGUUCCAAGAUGUUUCCAAAGAAAUACUGUGACCGGACUGUUGUUGAUAACAUUGGUUUUCCACAUUACAUGAGGAGACAAACUGAUGAUUUUGUUGAGAAAAAUGGUAUCAGACUUGAUAACAGUUGGGUUGUUCCAUAUAACAGGAAGUUAUCUUUGCGUUAUAGAGCAUAUAUCAAUGUUGAGUGGUGUACACAAGCUAGGUCAAUCAAGUAUUUAUUCAAAUACAUCCACAAAGGUCCUGAUAGAGUUUUAGCUACUAUCGAGAAUAAUGCCAAAGACAUUGGUGAGUUUGCGAACGAGGAUGGUGACGACGCAUCUGAAGUUACUAAAGAUGAGAUUAGAGAGUAUUUUGAAUGCAGAUAUGUAUCUGCUUGCGAAGCAUCUUGGCGUAUACUUGCUUUUGCAAUACAUUAUAGAAGUUUGCCUGUGGAAAAAUUAUAUUUCCAUCUUCCUGGAGAACAACCAUGCGUGUAUGGUGAUGAUGACCCGGUAGAAACAGUUCUUAAUCGCAGAUCAGUUCAGAGUUCAAUGCUACUUGCUUUCUUUGAAGCUUGCGACAAAUAUCCUGAAUUAUCGAAGAAUCUCACCUAUGCCGAAUUCCCAAUAGUGUUUAUAUACGACAGAAAAGAGGGUCCAAUGUCCAACCAGUUUUGA